UCACCCGAAGGCGAGUCGAAUGCUUAUGCUUGGACUCCAAGCAAAGACAAGUGCAUAUAAAUGUCCUUAAGAACAGCUCAAGAGAUAGAGAGCAUCCUUAAAAGUGCAAUUUUAAGUUCAUCACCCCUGGAUCUCUGACACUGGUCCGUUUCAGAUUUGAUAAUAUGGCGGUAGAGAAUGGCUUGGAUGGCCAAACAAAUACAGAUCAAGCCACCACAUCAAAAGGCAAUGCAGAAGCAGAGAAAACAUCCGGCAUUAUUGAUGAUCAAGAAGACUCAAAGAAGAGCAAAGGAGAUGAGAAAACUAACACUGUUCAAUUUCACAAACUGUUCUCGUUCGCAGAUUCCACUGAUAUUUUGCUGAUGAUCCUCGGCACAAUUGGUGCCAUCGGGAAUGGGGCAUGCAUGCCUCUUAUGACUGUGUUAUUUGGGGAUUUGAUCAAUUCUUUUGGACAGAACCAGAACAACAACGAGGUGGUUAAAGUAGUUUCCAAGGUUGCUCUGAAAUUUGUCUACUUGGGGCUGGGAGCGGCUGUGGCAGCCUUCCUCCAGGUGGCUUGUUGGAUGGUCACAGGGGAGAGACAGGCUGCACGAAUAAGGGGUUUGUAUCUGAAGACUAUAUUGAGACAAGAUGUUGCAUUUUUUGAUAAGGAAACAAACACCGGAGAGGUUGUUGGGAGAAUGUCCGGUGACACUGUCCUCAUACAAGAUGCAAUGGGUGAGAAGGUUGGAAAAUUUGUGCAGCUGAUGUCAUCGUUCCUAGGAGGCUUUAUAAUAGCAUUUGUAAAAGGGUGGCUUCUAACCCUUGUCAUGUUAUCCUCUAUUCCUCUUCUUGUGGUAUCUGGUGGAGUUAUGUCCUUGAUCAUAUCCAAGAUGGCAUCCACUGGACAAAGUGCCUAUGGGAAAGCAGCAAAUGUAGUUGAACAGACAAUAGGCUCAAUUAGAACGGUUGCAUCAUUCACCGGUGAGAAGAAAGCUAUUACUAGUUACAACAAAUUUCUUGUGAAAGCUUACAAAUCGGGUGUUCAUGAAGGCUUGGCUUCAGGAUUUGGUCUUGGCACGGUUAUGUUAGUGUUGUUCUGUAGUUAUGCUUUGGCUAUAUGGUUUGGUGCAAAGAUGAUACUGGAAAAAGGAUAUAAUGGGGGUCAAGUGCUGACCGUGAUUUUUGCUGUGUUAACUGGUUCCAUGUCUCUAGGCCAGGCAUCACCCUGCAUGAGUGCAUUUGCCGCUGGUCGAGCUGCAGCAUUUAAAAUGUUUGAAACUAUAGAGAGGAAGCCAGAAAUAGAUGCUUAUGACACAAAGGGAAGGAUAUUGGAUGACAUUCAUGGAGAUAUAGAGUUAAGGGAUGUUUAUUUCAGCUAUCCGAGCAGACCCGAUGAGCAAAUAUUCGAUGGAUUCUCUCUUUCUAUCGCGAGUGGCACAACUGCAGCUUUGGUUGGGCAAAGUGGAAGUGGGAAGUCAACAGUGAUUAGUCUGAUAGAGAGAUUCUAUGAUCCUCUGGCUGGUGAAGUUCUUAUAGAUGGCAUUAACCUCAAAGAGUAUCAGCUUAAAUGGAUUAGGGAGAAAAUUGGUCUUGUCAGCCAGGAACCUGUGUUAUUUGCAUCCAGCAUUAAGGAUAACAUUGCUUAUGGAAAGGAUGGCGCAACUAUUGAAGAGAUAAGAGCAGCAACUGAACUUGCAAAUGCUGCCAAAUUCAUCGAUAAGUUGCCACAGGGAUUAGAUACCAUGGUUGGUGAGCAUGGAACGCAGUUGUCUGGUGGACAGAAGCAAAGGAUUGCCAUUGCAAGAGCAAUUCUGAAAGACCCACGAAUCUUACUUUUGGAUGAAGCUACAAGUGCACUUGAUUCAGAAUCUGAGAGGAUAGUGCAAGAGGCAUUGGACAGGAUUAUGAUCAACCGGACAACUGUUGUUGUUGCCCAUCGUUUGAGCACAAUAAGGAAUGCUAAUAUGAUUGCAGUCAUUCACAGAGGAAAGAUGGUUGAAAAAGGCUCACACUCAGAACUACUCAGGGAUCCUGAAGGAGCAUACUCUCAGCUUAUACGUUUGCAGGAAGUAAAUAAAGAGUCAGAACAAGCUUUAGACGAUCAAAACAAAUCAGAAAUUACAUUGGAAUCUGGUAGACAUUCAAGUCAAAGAAUGUCAAUCCCAAGAUCCAUAAGUCGGGGUUCAUCUGGAGCCGGAAAUAGUAGCCGCCGCUCAUUCUCUGUAUCAUUUGGCUUACCAACAGGAGUUAAUGGACCGGACAUUGCAUGGGCAGAACAAGAAAAUCCUCCACUAUCCACAGAAAAAACACCAAAGGUGUCACUCCGCCGCCUUGCCUAUCUCAACAAGCCUGAGUUUCCAAUGCUUAUAAUUGGAGCCAUAGCUGCAAUCAUCAAUGGUUUAAUAUUUCCAAUUUUUGGUUUACUAAUUUCCAGUGUUAUCAAAACAUUUUUCGAACCACCUGCCGAACUAAAAAAGGAUUCAAAAUUUUGGGCAAUAAUGUUUAUGGUCCUUGGUCUAAUAUCAUUACUAGUGAUUCCGGCACGGUCAUACUUCUUUGCUGUGGCUGGGUGUAAAUUAAUCCAACGUAUUAGAGUAAUGUGCUUUGAGAAGGUGGUUCACAUGGAGGUAGGUUGGUUCGAUGAGCCUGAGCACUCAAGUGGUACAAUUGGUGCAAGGUUGUCAGCAGAUGCAGCAUCAGUUCGUGCGUUAGUUGGGGAUGCACUUGGCAUCAUGGUGGAAAAUGCUUCUUCAGCAGUUGCUGGGUUGGUCAUUGCUUUUGUUGCAAGCUGGCAAUUGGCUCUAAUUAUCCUUGUGUUGAUUCCUCUGAUUGGCCUUAAUGGAUUUGUUCAAGUGAAGUUCAUGAAAGGAUUCAGCGCAGAUGCAAAGAUGAAGUACGAGGAAGCAAGCCAGGUUGCUAAUGACGCAGUUGGAAGUAUAAGAACAGUUUCUUCUUUCUGUGCUGAAGAGAAGGUGAUGCAAUUAUACAAAAGGAAAUGUGAAGGCCCUAUGAAGUCGGGGAUAAGGCAAGGCUUGGUCAGUGGAACUGGAUUUGGGCUAUCUUUCUUCUUGCUGUUUGCUAUGUAUGCAACCAGUUUCUAUGCAGGAGCUCGACUUGUUAAGGCUGGCAAAGCAACGUUCUCAGACGUUUUCCGGGUUUUCUUUGCCUUAACCAUGGCAGCCAUGGGAAUUUCUCAAUCAAGCUCCUUUGCUCCUGAUUCUGGCAAAGCCAAGACUGCUGCCGCUUCCAUAUUUUCCAUAGUGGACCGAAAGUCAAAGAUAGACUCAAGUGAGGAGUCCGGCAUGAAAUUAGAUGAUGUAAAGGGUGAAAUUGAGCUUCGUCAUGUAACCUUUAAAUACCCAUCUAGGCCAGAUGUUCAAAUCUUUCGAGACCUCAGCUUGGCUAUUCAUUCUGGCAAGACUGUUGCCCUGGUCGGAGAAAGUGGCAGCGGAAAAUCCACUGUGGUCUCGUUGUUGCAAAGAUUUUAUGAUCCUGAUUCUGGUCAUAUUACCCUCGAUGGAACUGAAAUACAAAAAUUCCAACUCAAGUGGCUGAGGCAACAGAUGGGACUUGUGAGCCAAGAACCAAUUUUGUUCAAUGAAACCAUCCGCGCCAACAUUGCGUAUGGAAAGGAAGGAUCUGCAACUGAGGCAGAAAUUAUAGCUGCAUCAGAGCUGGCCAAUGCCCACAAGUUUAUUAGUAGCUUACAACAGGGUUACGAUACCACGGUCGGAGAGCGAGGAGUGCAGUUGUCUGGCGGGCAGAAGCAACGCGUCGCCAUAGCACGAGCUAUAGUUAAAAGUCCAAAAAUAUUACUAUUAGAUGAGGCUACCAGUGCACUAGAUGCUGAGUCUGAGAAAGUGGUUCAAGAUGCAUUAGACCGAGUCAUGAUUAACCGGACUACAGUUGUUGUGGCUCAUCGGUUAUCCACAAUCAAGAAUGCAGAUGUGAUUGCAGUGGUUAAAAAUGGAGUAAUUGUGGAGAAAGGAAAGCAUGAAACUUUGAUUAAUAUCAGGGAUGGAUUUUAUGCCUCCCUAGUGGCACUUCACUCCAGUGCUUCAACUACAUGAUCAGCUUCUUUUUGUAUUUCAUAAUUGUUCCUAUUUUAGAUUUUUUUUUUUAAUUAUUAUUAAUGGUUUCAAAAUUAUGUAUUUAAUUGUUUUGGAUUGCUGAUCAAAUCUUGUCAGCAUCCAGUGACAAUUUUUGUGGAGUUUAGAGGGAAAAUGAUGUUCAUAUGAUAAUCAUAUUACUAAGAAAUGAAGGGCUUCAUUAGAAUC